AAUCUAUUUCAGAGGAGGAAGAAAUGUUUAAACAUCAACUUAAAAGGGAACAUAUUUUAUAUGAUUAUAAUUUUUUUCAAAAUAUUGAAUUUAUUGAUGGUGGAUUAUUUGGAACAAUUUCUCGUACAUUUUCAAAGCAUCAUCAAGAACUUGUAGCAUUAAAAUCCAUCAAUAUUGAUCAACAAUAUACUUUUGAACAAUUUCUUAAUGAGGCAAAGCAACAUCGUAAAGUAGAAUUUCACAGUAAUAUAUUGAAGUUUUAUGGCGUAACAAAAGAAAAAAAACAUAAAAAAAAUUACAUGUUUGUAUUAGAGUAUGCAAAUAAUGGUAAUUUAUGUGAUUAUUUAAAAACCAAUUUCAAUAUAAUGGAUUGGAAUGCUAAAUUAAAAUUUGCAAAACAAAUUGUAAGUGCUGUAAGCUGUUUGCAUGAAAAUAAAAUAGUACAUAGGGAUCUGCAUCCUAAAAACAUUCUAAUUCAUAAUGGAGAUAUUAAAAUUUGUGAUUUUGGAAUCUCAAAAUCUUUAUUGGGUCCUUCAAUAGAAGCUUCCAAAAAAUUUGGUACAAUAAGAUACUCAGAUCCACAAUAUUUAAACGAUAUUGAAAAUUAUAUGCUUAUCAUAACAUCAGGUGAACGUGAAGCAAUAAUCAAGGGAACUCCAAGAAAAUAUGCAGAAAUAUAUACAGAAAAUCCAGAUCUCCGUCCUCAUAUUGAUCAAGUUGUGCAGGAUUUGGACAAUGUAGACAUAACUAACACUAUUGAAGAUAUUGUUAAUUUAACAAAUCAAACUAAUAAUGAAUUACAAAAUGAUGAUUUAUUAUAUUCAACAGAACUUUCCAUCUCCAUUAUCAGCAUGAACUGA